AAUUUGAAUUCCAGUACCAGAUAAACCCUAAACCCUGAAAUUGAAUCACCCUGGUCGGAAGCCACCCAUGUCCAGCUACGAAUCCGCCGAUGUUGCCGCCAUCCGCGGCCACGAGCUCCGCCUCAUCCGUUGUACCCUCUCUCCCUCCCCUUCGCCGCCGCCGGAGCCCCAACCUCAAUCGGAAUCGUCGGAGUUGGAUGGCCUCAUCAACCACCUCCUGGAUUCAAUCGAGCGCGGCAACUACGUUGAAGCCCUCACCUCCCAACCCCGUACCCUCCAACUCGUCUUCCAACUCGGCGGUGACUCGUUGCCGCCUGACUCCGCCGCUGAACACUUCUACUCCGAGCUGAUGGACCGCGCCGAGUCCUUCAUCACUGACGCCGCCGCUCCUGCCGAGCAAGCUCGCAGGCUCAUCGUUGUUCUGGGCAUCGCCGUCGCUGCAAUGCUAGCCUUCACUCAAUUGAACUUCACCGGGCCUUUGAAGGGGACUGAGCUACCGAAAUUCCCUCUGCCUCUGGAUAAUGGUGGUGGUGAGUAUGCAGAAUGGGAUAGUUGGGCGCGAAAUCAGCUCAUGGCUGCUGGUUCUGACUUGCUUGGAAAGUUUUCGAAUCUUCAGUAUAUAGUUUUUGCUAAGAUGUUGCUUUUGCGAAUGAGAGACUUGUCCAUUGAGAUUACAAUUGGAAGCCUUUCAUGGUGGGUUGGUAGGGUUUUGCUUCUUCAACAGAGGAUUUUGGAGGAGCGGUCUUCUUCCCUGUGUGAUCUCUUGCACGUUUACAUUGGUGAAGCCUUACAACAAUUCGGCACCUCGGAGAAAGUUCGAGGCUAUUGGGAUGCUGGCUUGCGUGAUGGGGAGAGCUUGGCCAUUGUCUCCAUGCUUCACUUAGAGGCUGGAAUAAUGGAAUAUGCCUAUGGUCGAGUUGACCCUUGCAGGACACAUUUUGAGUCAGCUGAGAUGGCAGCUGGACUUCAGCUGUCUGUUACUGGGGCUCUUGGUUUCCGCACUAUACAUCAGGUAGAACCAAAGGCACAAAUGGUACUUGUUACGAAGAAAAGUUCGUCAAAUAGUAUGGACAACGGCCCCUUAAUGGGUACUGGCAUCCAAACAAGUGAUUCCAGCACCAGUGAAAAUAACACACAUUUGAAUCAGCGUGAAUCCUCUGAAACAUCUGACAUACUUAUAAUACCAAAGUUGUUAGAAAAUCAUAAUGACCCUCAAACUAUGUCACAAGACUUGGAAAUCGGUGAUCAUGUUACAUCCAAUUUAACUGCAACACAACAGGCUGUAAUUCUGGCAUACUGCCUUCUAAUUGAGAAGAGUUCCAGACAUGAUGAAUUGCAGCGAUGGGAUAUGGCUCCUUAUAUUGAGGCAAUUGACUCCCAGCAUUUUUCUUACUUCAUUAUACAAUGUUUCUGCAAUAUCUUGCGUAUUCGAUGGGAGUCAUCCCGUAGUCGAACAAAGGAGCGUGCAUUGCUGAUGAUGGAUAACUUAGUGAAACGUAUUUUUGAAUCUUCUCCAGUACUGGCAGAAAGAAUCCCCUUUAGCUAUGGUGUUUAUAUGCCUAGUAUUCCUGCAUUGAGGAAGGAAUAUGGGGAACUUUUGGUGCGUUGUGGAUUGAUAGGGGAAGCAGUAAAGGAGUUUGAAGAUUUAGAAUUAUGGGAUAAUCUUAUAUACUGCUAUAGCCUGUUGGAGAAGAAAGCAACAGCUGUUGAACUCAUCAGGAAACGUCUUUCUGAAAGACCAAAUGACCCCAGGUUAUGGUGCUCCCUAGGUGACACUACCACCAAUGAUACUUGCUAUGAAAAAGCUCUGGAAGUUUCAAACAAUAGGUCUGCUAGAGCUAAGCGUUCUCUGGCUCGCAGUGCAUACAAUAGAGGAGACUAUGAAACAUCUAAAAUUUUAUGGGAGUCUGCAAUGUUGAUGAACUCUAUGUAUCCAGAUGGCUGGUUUGCAUUUGGGGCUGCUGCAUUGAAGGCACGGGAUAUUGAAAAGGCUCUGGAUGCAUUUACUCGUGCUGUUCAACUUGAUCCAGAAAAUGGGGAGGCUUGGAAUAACAUUGCUUGCUUGCAUUUGAUCAAGAAAAAAAGCAAGGAAGCCUUUGUUGCAUUUAAAGAAGCAUUGAAGUUCAAACGAAACAGCUGGCAACUCUGGGAAAAUUACAACCAUGUUGCUGUUGACGUUGGCAAUAUCAGUCAGGCACUGGAAGGUGCCCAGAUGGUUUUGGACUUGACCAAUAAUAAGAGAGUAGAUGCUGCGUUACUGGAAAGAAUCACAGAGGCUGUGGAAAAGCGGAUUUCAGCAAACAAUUCUGUGCCUCCUGUAACAACUGAUAUUAAGCCUAAUAUUGAUCAAUCCUGCAUUGUUGAUUCUGGAUCAGAAGAUCUAGGGCGAGUCCCUAGUGCUGGGAAAUCACGUGAAACUGAGCAAUUGAUGUUGUUACUUGGAAAAGUUUUACAGCAGAUAGUUAAAAGUGGGAGUGGAUGUGGACCUGAUAUAUGGAGAUUAUAUGCAAAAUGGCAUAGAAUUAAUGGAGAUCUCGUGAUGUGUUCUGAAGCCCUCUUAAAGCAAGUUAGGUCACUCCAGGGAUCUGAUACUUGGAAAGACAAAGACCGCUUCAAAAAAUUUGCAAAAGCAUCUUUGGAACUUUGCAAGGUGUAUGUGGAAAUUUCCUCGUCUACUGGCAAUAUUAAAGAAUUGUUCACGGCUGAUAUGCACUUGAAGAACACUAUCAGACAGGCUCAGUGCUUCUCGGACACAGAAGAGUUCAAAGAUCUUCAGGCCUGCCAUGAUGAAGUGAAAAUUAAACUCCAAUCAAAUUCAUUGCCCAGCUAAAAUCUUGUUAAAUGUAUUAUGGGAUUUCUUAUACAGGUUCUAACUCUAACCUAAAGGUUUGGCCUGGUCUCAUCAUUGGAAGCUGAUCCCCCAUUGAAUCUGCUGAGGCAUAUAUUUAAAGUGGAUGUUCAAAGAGCUUCAUGCUUUCCAUGGAUGAGGGACAUCGAAAGGUAGCUUUCAGAAUCCUGAAUAUCAAUGCUUCAAGGUUAAGGACGUGCUUUGUAUCUAUUGUUGUUGUGCAUGUUUGGAGCCGGUGUCUCUCAAAGUCGGUUUUGUAUUGGUUAAAUAUGAUGUGUAGGUAUGGGCUAAUUUAUCAUAGAAGUGAUUCAACCUUUCAAAAUCAAUUUUGUUCUAAAGCUGUUGGAAGUGAUUAUCUUCUUCGAGUGACUCAGUCUAUUGACCUCAACAUUUUCCUAUAUAUAAUUAAAAAUUGAAUGAUGUGUAACACUUGA